AGCAUGCCAAUUGGCAACGGCUCUGUUGACUCAGCCAGAUCGAACGGGCUGCGCUUGGUAUGGAAGAGCGUGGGAGUAAGUCGUCGGAUUAAAUGCCCACGAUCAUCCAUUGACGGAUCGGUUGCAGGAUUCUGUUGAGCGCUGAUCGGUGCAGAGUGGACCGCCUCAUUCCCGCGCCGACAGGAGCAAGCGCACAGCUCAACGCCACGGCAGCUUCAGCUUCAGAGUGCCAUGCGGUAGCACGCUGUGGAUUUCAUGGUCCCAGACAUCCCGAAACACCAUGGUAUUCCUCCUCUUAGACAGCUUUAUCAUUCUCGCAGCCCGCCUGGGACUGUUCAUCGGCUGCAAGACCAUCGCGCUUCCCCUGUUGUACGGGCAGGCGCGUUAUGCUGCACUCGAAAGCAGCAGCAGCGGCUCUGCAGCUCUGCUGACGUCUAACCUGGCCACGGAUACCGAUACAUCUGAUGGAGGACAAUCAGGUAAUGGCUUGCCUACACCAGCGACAUCAAGCGCCACACGCGGCUCGCUGCCAUCAUCUGCCGCGGGCACAGCAUGGCGCACCGUCGCGUCACGCCGCGAAAGACAAUCGCUCAUCGCGAAACUUGCUUCCCAAUCAUCCCUCGUAGCCCUACUCUUCAGCCUCGCGCUCGAAGAAGUGACGAUCCUCUUUGUGCUCGUCCUCCUCGAUGCUACAGGCUACAGCAGACGCCUGCUCUGGGCUAAUUGGAAUGCGUCGCUGCUCACUACCAUCGCAUGCGUGGUUGUGCUGCUUCCGCUCGGGGCAUGCCUGCUCAUCACGACACAAGGUCGUAGUUCCUCACUGCCACGCAGACUACUCUUGUCCAUCGUACCCUACACGCUCUGGCUGCUCCUCUUCCUCAAGGUCCCACUUCCUGCACGACAGGCAGCCGAAAAAGUGCAAGAUGGUCUCUUUGCCUGGCUAUUAUCAUCUGCCCUUCUCCGUACAGCCGUGCUCGGCGUGACGCUCGUCGCGCUGCUUUCCGGCAGCGCAGCGAUGGCAGCCGCAUGGGAUGCAUGGGCCGAUCUGCAGCUCUUCCGCGCCUCGUCCUCUUCUAACUCCCGCAAUGGGGGCCGUCGAGUGCAUUCGAGAAGGAUGCUGGUGACGUCGCAGGAUGUGGAGAAUGCGCAGGCGAGCUUCAAGCGGAUGCUAGGCGACCUGGAGGAGAAGCGCGUCAUGGUCGAACAUCUCGAGGCAGAGGAAGUUGCACAACGCUCUUCAUCGACAUCCGCUGCCACCUCUUCGUCCCUUUUGGGAAGGAUGAAUCCGUGGGGAGCCGGCAACAUCAGAGUGAAGGAGAUCAAAAUCCUGCGCGCAGAGAUUUGGGCGCUGGAAAAGCUUGCCCAAAGUAUGCGCGAUGAUCUGGACGCGCUGCGAAAGCGCGAGAGACGCGUACAGUGGAGCAAGACAUGGAAAGGUCGACUGAUGAUCGGGAUUGGCUGGGGGUUUGCGGGAUACUGUGUGUUUCGAAUCGCCUUGUCUCUCCUCUCACUUCUCACUCUCGGCUACCGCGACUCCACCCCGCCCGACUUCAUCUCGUAUGCGCUCGCAUCUCUACUCCAUCUUUUUGACAUCCACGCGGACAUUUCCGUCUGGGCACGUCAGAUCUCGCUGCUGUUCAUCGGCGUACUGAUCGCCAUGCGCAUGCGUGCUGUAUUGGGAUAUCUCAGUUCGGCAUUCAAAGCUGCCUCUUCAGGUACGAGCUCAAGCUUCCUCGUCCUGUUCUUGGCGGAAAUCACCGUUAUGUAUCUUCUCGCGACGCUCAUUCAGCUACGGACGUCUGUGCCACCGGUUCAACAAUCGCCUUCAGCUUCGCAUGUAGCACCGCCUCCGCUCACAAGAGAUGACACCGCCGGUGCCAGCGGGGAGCAGGGCCUUGACGCACCGCUGCUAUCCUCUCUGCCUUCAUUUCAAGUUGUCUUUGGGAGCCUGUUCGACUCGGCCUUUCUAUUAUCGGCAGCUGCGACGGGCGUCGUCAAGUGGCUGUCAUAUUCAAAUGAAUUUGAAAGUAGUGGCACGUUGCUCGACGACCGGGAUUGAUGCGUUAGAUGCAACAGUGGAAAGUUGUAUGCUUCAAAUUUAUAAUGAUAUUUCAUGCUGGAGACGCUGCA